CUCUUUCCCUCCUCCCAACCUCCCAUAAGCUCUUUCUCAGUUCUCUCAGUUCCUCUUGAAGACAGACAGAGAGAGAGAGACUUUCAGACACAUAAACACAGUUACAUACACCAUUACAUACACACGAUAUGAAUUUGCAUGGACCUGAAUCGAGAACACAAGCUAUGUCCAGCGAUUGCGACGACGAUUACAUAGACAUGGAGAUCAACCUCUCCUCCUCCUCUUCUUCUCGCUUCAUCAGCUUCGCCGUCACAUCCUCUCCUCCGCACAGCAGAGAGUUCGAGUUCCAAAUGUGCUCCUCCGCCUUAGCUUCCGGCGAGUCCACCACAUCUCCCGCCGACGAGCUCUUCUACAAAGGCCAGCUCCUCCCUCUCCACCUCCCUCCUCGUCUCCAAAUGGUCCAAAAGCUUCUCGCCGCCUCCGUAGUAUCCACUCCCAUCUCCCCACGCGCCGCCGUAUCCUCGCCGAGGAGGUUCAGCAGCAGCGAGAUCGACGUAGUGAGCGGGCAAGAGGAGCACUGUUACAUCGAGAUUUCAACGGAGCUGAAGAGAUUCAUCGAGAGCAACGAUGGAAAGAGCUGGAGCAAGAAGAUCAAACAGUCAUCGAUCAGACAAAAGCUCAAAGCUUCACGCGCUUACAUAAGAUCUCUCUUCUCGAGACCAGGAUGCUCCGAUUCAUCAGAGAUCCACCCGAAAUUCAAAUCCGAAACAACCCUCAAGAAAAAGAAGAACCCUUUUGCGAAAACAGAGUCUUUAAGCAGCAAGAACCCUCCAUUGAUUCAUAGGAGAUCGUUCUCCGGAGUGAUACAGAGACAGUCUCAGCCAAAGUGUUCUUCUUCUUCUUCUUCUACAUCCUCCUCUUCGGCGUCUUCGCUUUCGUCUUCGUUUAGUUUUGGAUCAAACGGGUCUUUGGAUCUGCAGACGCUGAUGAGAAGCAGCAACGCGAGCUCGGAGAACUCCAUUGAAGGAGCUAUUGAGCAUUGUAAGCAGUCGUUUACUAAUAGGAAGAGCAAUGUGGGCGGAUCUGAGAACUCUUCUUCGAGAACAUCUGUUUCUACUUGUGCUGACGUUGAAAAAGGUUGAGACUUUACCAGAAAUUCGAAGGAUCUGUGACGUUUUCUCUGGCUCUGAUUCUCAUUUCGACAUUUCCAAACAAAAACGGACAUAGAAAGUUCAAAAAGGCAACUUUUUUCUUUAUACUCUGUUUUUUAUUUUCUUUUUGUAUUUUAGAUUAUUUUUUGUGCUUUUUUUCUUUGUAGAAGUUUGCUGAAAUCUGUGUUAAUGCUAUAAAAAUUACUAAUUUCAUGGUU